AUGCCAGCGACGACGAUUCCAGGAGACCGAUUUAUACGAACGUUGUCGCAUUACCUAGAUGCCAAUCAAGGACGAUUGAUAGUGGGGAAACGAGAUGAGCGACGUUCGAGUACAACGAGUGGUAGUCAACCGAGAAGUAGUACGAGUAGCAGCAGCAGCACCACACCCGCGUCUCUGUAUGGGCUUUCAGUACCUUACAUGUCAUUGUUGGCAGCUGCUACGCCUACGAGUGCAUUGAGGACAACGAGCUAUAUGCCAUCAUCGACUCUUUCAUUGGACAUGCAUCAUUUGUAUUUCUUGUUGGUUCAUUUUGAACAUGUCGGCUUGGAUAUGGGGGACCCGGCUCGUCUCGGUAGUGUUCCGGAAGAUGGUAUUGUCAACGAAGAGGAUACAUCACACCAAGAUGAAACACGAUCCAUCAUGUCGGUGGGAUCCAUUACAUCCACUUUAUCCUUGAGUACCGGUUGGAACUUUUGGCAACGGCAAUGGUCUGAUCAACAACAGCAACAACGCACCGUGUUUCAAGAUGUGGAGCACAUUUAUCAAAUGGUUGCUCAAGUGGAUGCCGUGCGAUUACAAAUGCAAAAUACACGACUGAUCCAAGGAUACCAAGAACCCUUACCUUCCGACGCCACUUUUUCUUUGGUACCUUUCAAGCAUAUGACUCAUUUGGAAUUGGUCAAUGUGCAUCCACGACUCUUGGCAGAUAUCCCAACGCAUGCCUUGACCACACUCAUUGUACGUGAAGCAGGUGUUGAGGAUGCUGCGGAGGUGAUUACCAGUGAAAGCGACUUUGGUCAGCUACGCAUGUUGUCGUUGGCAGGCAACAAUUUGAUUACCUUGGAUGAUGCGGUGACACAACGUAUCCAUGCAACUGUAACACAUCUCGAUUUGUCCACCAACAUGUUGGCAGAUGUGCCACAUGCCUUGUCACUUCUCUACAACUUGACAUCGCUUGUACUCGCCCACAAUAUGAUUUCAUCGGUGACAGGGAUCAAUACCGUAUUGGGCAACAUUUAUGAACUUGAUUUACGUGGCAAUCGAUUGACAAUGCUGGUGGGUCUGGAUCGGCUUUGGUCUUUGAAGCGGCUGGAUUUACGUGAUAAUCGAAUUGAGGAUUGGUCCGAAUUGACACGGCUUGUAUCCUUGCCCAACUUGGAGGAUGUGUGGGUAGCAGGCAAUCCUUUCACUGUGAAUGAUUAUCGUGUCGACAUUUUUGCAGCCUUUCAUCAACACGCUGACCAUGAUAUCCAACUCGAUGGCUCACGUCCCUCGUUUAUUGAACGUCGUCGUAUCGAAAAUACCCCAGCAUCCAAAUUGCGCCAGUUACAAGAUCAAAAUCAUGCACCUCAACCUACCGUCGCCACAACAGCAACGGCCAAACCAUCCAAAGUCGUACGUGCAAAGUCAAAACGUUUUGUCAAAUUGGGUCGUCAACAACAACAAGAGGAAACACCACCGCCUGUACCACCUUUACCUCCUUCCGCUGCAGCACCACCCGCUCCACCAUCAUCAUCUUCUUCAUCACAACAGGAUACAACAGCAAAAGAGAAUCAUGAUAAACGUGUGAAUCGUGCCACCGAAUUGGAAAAAACAGCAGCCAACAUUACGCGUAGAAAAUCAGCUUCUUCUUCAACUCGGCGUUCACGGCGUAGCACUCGGCGUAGUCGUAGUCCCUCUACAACAGCAAAUGCCGUCACGGAUGAUGAAGAACAAGAAAAACAAGCUCGGCAUCGUUCUCUUUCUCCCACUUCGUUCAGACGUAAAAUUGAAUCCAUGCGUCAAGAAGCAGGCACUGAAUGGCUACGGGUAUUUCAGGAAAUGGAUAUUGGUAAUCGCCAACAUUAG